AGUAGAAGAAUGGAGAACGGAGAACGAUCGAAAAAUCGCAAUCUUUUUGGCAAUCCCGCUUCAUCCGCGUCUAGCAGCAUUCAUCUCCAUUUAAAUUUACGUUCACGGCUUCUAGAGAAAUAGAAGUUUCGGCUAAAUUAGAUUUUCAUCCGUGUUGAUUGGCAAAAAAGCGGGAAAAGCGUGCAUGAUGAGCUUGCUAAUUCAAAUGGCUCUGCCAGUGCUCAUCCUGGUCUUGUUUGCGGCCUCUGGAAUUAGCCAGAAUGGCCUCGAGCUGCAGCAAGGGGACCAGCUGGCGCUGCCGGGCGGCGCCGCUGAUUUGAAGCUGUCCAACAGCGGCGGCACAGAUGAAAACCUGGACAAGAAGCAGGUGAAGAGCCUGGAAAUGAAACAACUGGAGGUGCAGGAGCAGAAGAAACCUGAAACGACAACUGAGAGUCUCAACUUUGGAAAUGAAGCCACUUUUGAGACCAAGCCACCAAAACCUGAAGUCAAAAGUACCACAGACGCGGAGAAGAAAAAGCAGAAACAACGUGCACUGGAAUUGAACAUUUCCAUUAUAUUUUUUACAGGGUCAAUCACAAUCUGCUUAGUUCUGCUGUAUUUGAUGAUGUCUUACUCUGAACCCGCCUAAAUCUAGGAAACUGAUGGAUAGGCAAUUCGCUGGACAAAGCUGCGGUGCAGGUUGCUUAUUUCAUAUAAUACAUUUUGUAAAUAUUGCAAUAAAUAUAUAUAUAAAUGGGCAGUGCGAACAGCCGCCAUUAUGUAAUAGAAUUUUAACAAUAACUGCGUGUCAACAAAUUCAAUCCUGAUCUCUGUAUGUUCAUGGCGUUAGUAAAUAAUAAAGCUGGGAACAAAAACCACCUCUACUAAG